AUGGAGUACACAUUCAGAGCAGUAACUCACAGCCCCGGGAUUAUAAUCUGGAGAAUUGAGAAAAUGGAGCUGGUACAAGUCCCUGACAAAUCUUAUGGAAACUUUUAUGAGGGUGACUGCUACAUACUUCUGUCUACUCAGAAGGUGGGCAGCUCUCUGCGUUAUAAUAUCCACUACUGGAUCGGCUCCCAGUCCACUCAGGAUGAACAGGGUGCAGCUGCUGUUUACACCAUCCAGCUGGAUGAAUAUUUGGGUUCCACUCCGGUCCAGCACCGCGAGGUUCAGAACUACGAGUCUAAUGAAUUUAGGGGUUACUUCAAACAAGGAAUAAUCUUUAAGAAAGGUGGAGUUGCAUCAGGCAUGAAGCACAUUGAAACCAACACCUAUGACGUUAAGAGGCUGCUUCAUGUCAAAGGGAAGAAAAGAGUGACUGCUAAGGAGGUGGAGAUGAGCUGGAAAAGCUUCAACCUUGGAGAUGUGUUUUUGCUGGACAUUGGCAAGACAAUUAUUCAGUGGAACGGACCCAAGAGCAACGCACAGGAAAAGCUUAAAGGCAUGUUGCUGGCCAAAGACAUCCGAGACAGAGAGAGAGGAGGUCGGGCUGAGAUCAGAGUGAUCGAAGGUGAAGCUGAGAGCAACUCUCCUCAGAACAUGGAGAUGUUGAACAGUGUUCUUGGAGAAAGAACCUCCAAGCUGACAGAUGGACCUCCAGAUGAAACUGCUGACCAGGAGCAGAUGUCAAACCUUACACUUUACCACGUGUCAGAUGCUGAUGGUGAGAUGAAGGUCACAGAAGUUGCUACCAAACCACUGGUUCAGGAUCUCCUCAACCAUGAGGACUGCUACAUCCUGGAUCAGGGAGGGAUGAAGCUCUUUGUGUGGAAGGGGAAGAAAGCAAACAAAGCUGAAAGACAGGCUGCCAUGGGCAGAGCUUUGGAGUUCAUCAAAAUGAAAAACUACCCGAUCACUACAAAUGUGGUAACAGUGAAUGACGGGGCAGAGCCGGCUCUCUUCAAGCAGCUGUUCCAGAGGUGGACUGUAAAGGACCAGACUCAAGGUCUGGGCAAAGUGAACACAAGAGGGAAAGUUGCUCACAUCACACAGGAAAAAUUUGAUGCCUCUCUGAUGCACGUGAUGCCAGAGGUCGCUGCACAGGAGCGAAUGGUGGACAAUGGCACAGGUCAAGUGGAGGUGUGGCGAAUUGAGAAUCUGGAGCUUGUGCCUGUGGACCCUAAAUGGUACGGAUACUUCUAUGGAGGAGACUGCUACCUGAUCCUCUACACUUACUUGGUUAACAACAAGAAGUGUUACUUGCUUUAUAUAUGGCAGGGGCGUCAUGCGACACAGGAUGAACUGGUAGCCUCAGCAUUUCAGGCUGUGAACUUGGAUCAGAAGUACGGUGAUGAGCCAGUUCAAGUGAGAUUAACAAUGGGCAAAGAAACAAGACACUUCAUGGCGAUUUUCAAGGGGAAAAUGGUCAUAUUUGAGGGGGGCACAUCUAGAAAAGGGUCUUCUGACCCAGAGCCACCAAUAAGGUUGUUCCAGGUCCACGGUACUGACACAUCCAACACUAAAGCCAUAGAGGUUCCAGCCCUGGCCGCCUCUCUCAACUCCAAUGAUGUGUUUUUACUAAAGAGCCAAACAGGAAUGUAUCUGUGGUGUGGAAAGGGAUCAAGCGGAGAUGAGAGAGCCAUGGCAAAGGAUAUCAGCUCUGUGAUUGGCCAGAACUCCCAGAAAGACUCUGAGCAGAUUGUGGCGGAGGGUCAAGAGUCCAUUGAAUUCUGGGAGUUGCUUGGAGGGAAAGCUCCCUAUGCCAGUGAGAAGAGAUUACAGCAGACAGGUUCAGAAUACCAGGCGCGCCUGUUUGAAUGCUCCAAUAAGACGGGCCGUUUCAUUGUGAGCGAGGUGACUCAGUUCACGCAGGAAGACCUCAACGAGGAUGAUGUCAUGCUCCUGGACACAUGGGACCAGGUGUUUCUCUGGAUCAGCAAAGAGGCCAAUGAGGUGGAGCGCAAAGAAGCAAUGGUCACGAGCCAAGAGUACCUGCGCACCCACCCGGGUACCAGAGACCCCGACACCCCUAUCAUCUUGAUCAAGCAAGGAUUUGAGCCGCCCACCUUCACUGGGUGGUUCACAGCCUGGGACCCCUCCAAAUGGAGUGGAGGAAAGACCUACGAGGAGUUGAAGAAGGAGCUGGGAAAUGUAGCAUCACCUAUUCGUGUUACAACUGAGCAGAAGAGUGAAAGUGAGAAAAUCUUUCAGUGUUUUCCACAUGACAAGUUGGUCAACAAGCUUGCCAGCGAGCUGCCUGAAGGUGUUGACCCGACCCAAAAAGAGAAAUACCUCUCUGACUCUGACUUCAUCGCCGUAUUUGGGAUCACCAAAGAUGACUUUGCACGCCUGCCUGGGUGGAAACAACUGAACAUGAAGAAAAUAAAGGGGAUGUUUUGAUCAUA